AUGGCGGACGGGGUAUUCAAAACCCUGUUUGCCGAUUCCAUUAUCACCGACGUGACUUUCACGGGCGCGUACGUAGAGAAUCCAAAGAGGGCCUUUGAGAAGUCCAACCUCUACGCCCUUGUAACAACGUUUGGAGACGCCUGGUGCACGGCGAACAACGGUGACCGUGGAGAGAUUAAGAGGGUAUUCCAGAGAGCCUUUAGGAAGGCAUACAAUCGAAUGAACCGCAAAAGGUGCAUCAGCCCCAGGCGGCCUCGCAACCAUGGUGAUUUAAAUCGACAACAUUAUUUACAAGGUGUUACCAUGCGAUUAGACUACGGCCUUCACCAGUGA